CUUCGGUCUUGUCCGCUCUUUCGUCUUGUGAGUGAUCACAAUCACGCACGCCCGUAAAACGGCCAUUCUCUUCUGACUGCCCCCGACAUGUUAACGGAGUCAUUUUGUCGCCGCAAUUUGACAGAUUAUGAUUAAUGUGGGAAUAAUCGUUUGAAGUUUUUUCUAGUAUGCGGUGUUCGUUUCCGUUUUGAAUUCAUCUUCGAUUUGAUGCGAAUUUGUUAUUAAACUCAAGGUGCACUCACCGCAUGCCGUAUUCUCAGCAUACUGCAUUCCGGACUUAAUCCUAGCGCUUUGUGAGAAUAAUUUGUCCAACCUGCUUUUCUGCCGGCAGACGAAAAUUCGUCGAGGUUUACCCAGCUUAAAAUGGCUGUUCUUUUGCCGGUUGGCGUUUGGCUAUUGACUGUAAUUCUGGUGGAAAUGGAUGGUGUUAAUGGGAGUUUGCAGCCGGAAACUGUACGCUGCGAAUUGUUAAAGAUUCCGUUGUGCCGGUCACACGUGCCGUACAAUUACACCAUGAUGCCCAAUCGAUUCCAUCAUGAAACACAAGACGAAGCCGGCCUAGAAGUUCAUCAAUUCAUACCGCUAGUGCACACAAAGUGCAGUCCGGAACUGGCCAAGUUCCUCUGCAGCAUGUAUGCGCCCAUCUGCAUGGAGAAUUUCCACCGGCCUAUUCCCGUUUGCCGAUCCGUGUGUCUGCGUACCAGGGCGGCCUGUGAGCCGGUUAUGGCACAGUAUGGUUUCGAGUGGCCCGAGAGGAUGCAGUGCGAACAGUUCCCCGAGUAUAAAGAAGACGGUGAUCCGGAAAAUCUGUGCAUGGACUGGCUCAACGGCUCCGUGCCGGAUCAGCCGGAAGCGCGACCAGUGCCACCGCCCCGGAGCGGCGGCAGCACCAAGAGUACCAAAACUCCCAUUUCUUCGUCAUUUCCGCCGCCUGUUGUUGCAACCUGCCCUCCCUGCAGUUGUCCUAAGGAUUUAUCCGUGCCAGCGAUUGAUGGCACCAGUUUUGCGGGAUUAGCCGGCUGUGCAAGUCCCUGCCGGAGUCCAUUUCCCAGCCGCAAUGAGUGGAUGAUUAUCGAAUAUUGGAUUGGUGGAUGGUCUGUGUUGUGCUUUGCCUUGACCUUUUUGUCCGUUCUUACAUUCCUGCUUGACCGAAAGAGAUUUUUGUAUCCGGAGAGGCCUGUCGUCCUUAUUACCGGGUGUUACCUGAUGGUGUCACUGGGCUUCGUAUUACGACUGUAUUUUGGGCAUUCCGAUGUUUCGUGCAGCGGAGGAGCUUCCAGGCACGGUGAUAUUAGCAGUUGGAAAUGCACCGUGAUUUUUGUCCUUCUUUACUUUUUUGGGAUGGCCAGCUGCAUAUGGUGGGUGAUUCUGUCUUUUACGUGGUACUUAUCGACUGGCCGGAAGUGGACGACGGAAGCGCUGGCUGCGCACUGGAAAUGGUUCCACUUAGCAGCGUGGGGACUGCCACUGGGCUUUACCGCUGUCGUCCUGGGAACACAUUCCGUCGACGGCGAUCCGGUAGCCGGGGUGUGCUAUGUCGGCAUGCAUGACCCCAAUGACCUCUUGGUCUUCGUGACGGCACCGCUGGCUGUUUACUUAGUGAUCGGAGCCGGUUUCAUACUGCUGGGAAUGUGCUCUUUGUGGGGCGCGCACUCGCAGAAGGGUCGACUGAUUUCCCUGUCCGACAAGGAGGAACACCAGCGCUUCCACCACCAGAUGAACCGGAUUGGGGCCUUCGCCAUUUGUACGUUCGUCCAUUUUGCCACUUUCCUUGGCUGCACAAUAUAUGAAAUGCUGUAUCGAGAAGACUGGGAACGGACGACACUGUGCAAUUGUAAAGGAAGUGGAAGCCAGCCGAAUGUUUCAGUAUUAUAUAUCAUCAAAUAUUUAGCGAUGUUGGUUGUGGGUGUUAUUUCUGUGGGUUGGUUUCUGAAUUUAAAGACGGUAAAGUCUUGGGGUUUUGUAUGUUGUGGAUCCCGCGCAAAAGCCCAGCAAGUAAUUGCGAAGGCUGAUGAGUAUACUUUGACCAAAUCAACGGAUCCAUUCCUGCGACUGCAGUGUAAAUACUCGUUAAACGCGGUAUAGCUCCGUGGCAGUUCGCGCUGUGUCUGAUGGAUCUCAAUUUUGAAAUUCUCCGUUCAGAAAGCCAUACA